AUGGGGGUCUGUGCAUCAUCCCAGCACUCAAAUGCUAGCCUCACCAACUGGCCUUUCACUGCGAAAAUUAUUCAUACAGAUGGUAGGCUACAAGAAUUGAGGCACCCAGUAAAGGCCAGCCACAUUCUCAAUCAAAAUCCCAACUGUUUCCUCUGUAGUUCAGAAUCUAUGAAAAUCGGCUCAAUCGUCCCGCAAAUAUCCAGCGACAGAGAGCUCGAAUUGGGGGAAAUUUAUUUCCUCAUCCCGCUCAAGAAAUCCCAUCUGCCGAUCUCUUUAACAGAUUUAUGUAGUUUGGCCGCCAAAGCAAAUGUGGCCCUCGCUAGCUCCAAGAAAGCACAUCCGUCUUUGAAAGCGGUCGGCGCCGAAUCGGAGCGGGUGGGUCGUCGUACUGAGAUUCCGGCGAAAUGGGUUUAA